AUGCUCCGACAUGGAUACAUUCGUUCCCCAGUCCAUUGGCAUGAAGUAAAGAGACCCGACUUCACUGGCAUUUGGAUUAUCAACGACGAAACCAAGGAGCCGGAUAUUGUAGUGUAUUACGCCCAUGGAGGUGGGUUCUCUAUGGGGUCGAGUUACUUCUAUCUGGAGUUUCUCAUGGCGUGGCUUGAGCUUCUUCAAACUACGGGCGGCUUCAAAAAUCCAGCUAUUUUCGCGUUAGAAUAUACGCUUGUACCAGAUGAAUCAUAUCCGGUACAACUUCGAGAAGUAGUUUCAGGAUACAAGCACGUGCUCUCAAUCACAAAAGAUAGCUCAAAGAUAUGCGUCGGCGGGGACUCUGCUGGUGGUACACUCAUCCUUAGUCUUCUCCUCCAUCUUGCCACAAUAUCCAGCAUCGGCAAUGCUGAGUCCCUGGCCGGGGAACUAUUUCAAAAGCGAAUAAGCUCCAAUCUCACGAAUGGCGAAAAGAAGCCUCCAAUAUUGCCAGAGAUGGCAGUCUUGAUCUCGCCGUGGGUCACGCUUCAAUCCCCACACGACAAAGACACGCCUAGCGACUAUCUAAAUGCUGCAAACCUCCAUCAAUACGGAUCUGACUAUGCGGGAAGUAAAAUCUCAGUUAACGAUCCCAUCAUUUCACCGGGAAAUUGCAAAGCUGCAUCAUGGUGGCGGAAGGCGUGCCCAUCGAAAGGGUUUUUCGUCAUGUAUGGGGCUGAAGAGGUCUUCGCAUAUGAGACACGAUCAUUGAUUAAGUUAUGGGAGGAAGCUAAGUUACCAGUGGAUAGUGUUGAAGAGGAGGGAGGAAUCCAUGCUUGGCCAGUCGCGUGUUUGUUCCUCAGCAGCACUAGGGGCGAGAGACAGAAGGGACUCAAGGUUAUUGUUCAUGAGAUGAGGAAAAGGAUGAACUCUAAAUCCAUCUCCUAG